AUGAGCGAUACACAACCUUCUCCCCAACGUCUCCUCGUGCGCCUACUGACUGAGCUCCGUCAGGAUAUUGUCGAGUCUAUCGAUCGAGCCAUUAGUACGGUGAAUAAUCGCCCGGCCUACGGUACCAUGGGUCACCGUGUGCCAGUACUCGCACAUGCAAUCGUCGCUUCUCCACCGCUUCCACAGCGAGCACUCGCCAAAGCAGCCACGACGAAUUCGCCCUCAAGGAAGAACUUCCUCAAGAUCGCGGAAGUCCAGGCCCAAGGUGGUCAAGCAGUCAUGUAG